CAACCAAGCUAAUAUUUUGAUCCACUGAACUCACAAAGGCAAGUCAUGUACACUACUACUACUACUCACAUCUUCUAUUUUCUCUCUUUCUCUCUCACAUAGAGCAUACAUAUAUACACUAAUACUACAACAACAACAACAACAACAAAAUCUACUUUCUUUAGCUAGCUUUUCCACUAACUCAAAAAGACUCGACCUUAUUCUUUGCUUUUGUUGAUUUUGGAUUGUUGUAGAUCUACAAAGAAGAAAAGAUGAUUCAAGAGCUCCUAGGAGGCGCUGGUUUUAUUGGAGGUGAGAGGAAGUUUUCCAUCACUGGAACCAUUUUAGAAGGCACUCCUUCUCUCUCACCUUCUCCGGUUUCUUCUUCUUCCACUACUAGUGCUACUACUACUACUACAACUACUGUCACUUCUACUAAUUCUAAUACUUCUGAGAAUCAAAACUUGAGGUGUCCACGUUGUGAUUCUUCUAAUACCAAGUUUUGUUACUACAACAACUAUAAUCUUACUCAGCCUCGCCACUUCUGCAAGACCUGCCGUCGUUAUUGGACUAAAGGUGGUGCUUUGAGAAAUGUUCCCAUUGGUGGUGGAUGUCGCAAGAACAAGAAUACCACUGUCUCUACUUCUAUUUCUAAAUCAUCUACUGCUUCUAAGAUGAAAACUGUUGCAUAUGAGUUUGGAAGGUCAGGUCUUGGUAAUGGAUUUGAUCAUCAUGAUCUUCCAUCUAACCCAAUUAUGUGGGCUUCACCCCAAAAUUCUCAGCUUCUAGCCUUACUCAGAUCCUCACACUCACAAAACCCUAAUGCUAAUUCUGUUUCGGUGAAAGAGGAAGCAGGUUUAAUUGGAACCACUCAUCAUAUGAUGGGUGAGCCAGGUGUUGGAACAGCUUCACUAAACUCUCGAACCACUGCGAUGUUGGAUCCUCUUACUCAGGUUCCUUCUCUGGGUCUUUGCAGUCCACUUUGGAGAAACACUCAUCAUCAGCAAGCUCAAAACUCAUACCAACAAAAUGGUUUCUUAGUUGGUCAUGAAGUUCAAAACUCAGGGAUUCAAGAAUUGUAUCAGAGGCUCAAAUCAUCAACUAACUUUUAUGCUGAUCACUCAACAACACCACUGCUUCUGGGUAAUGCCGCUUCUUCUUCCUCGUCUUCAACAACAACAACCAUUUUGGAGUCAGCUCCGGUGGCGACAGGUGAAUUGGGUUUCUGGAAUCCAACUUUCUCUUGGUCUGAUCUUCCAACAACUAAUGGUGCAUAUCCUUGAGAACAUCUUCUUUCUUCUCUUUAUAUGCUAAUGUUGUUUCUAUUGUGGUUGUCUGGAUUGUGGUAUAUGAAUAUGGAUGUAGCUUCAGGUUUUUUUUUUU